UUCGCCGCAGCACCGCGCCUUCCUCCUCGCCGUUUCGCCGUCAACGACGGAGCCCUUAUCUCCGGCCUUCCUCCUUUUCGAAGCUUCUGUCACGGAAAAUGGCAUCUUCUGAAACACCAUUAUCACAACCACCAUCACAAGAAGCCUCUUCAUCUCAAAGUUUAGUUCAAACUAAUGUUAGAGGAAAGACUGAUAUAGCUUGGGCACAUUGUACUAAAAGUCCUGAUGGAAAAUCUCUUGUUUGUUUAUACUGUCACAAAGCUUUUGGUGGAGGUGGAAUUCAUAGGGUAAAGCAACACUUGGCUGGAAUAGUAGGAAAUGUUGAAAUUUGUAAGUCAGUGCCUGCAGAAAUUCGUUUUCAGAUGAAACAACAUUUCAAUGAGCGGAGUAAGAAAGGAAAAACUUCAGAUAUGGCUGAAAGCGAGUCAUUUACUACCGAGGGGGAUGAAUUGCAAGUACAAACGAACCCACGGGUUGGUGCAUCUAAAAAGAAUGAUGAUCACAUUGGUACUUAUUUUUUACCUAGAACAACUCCAGGAGCUCAACCUACUUUGAAAAGUGUGAUGCAAAGUAAAGAAGUGGUUUAUUGAUGCAUCUAUUCCUUUUAAUGCUGCAAAUUCGCCUUAUUUUCAA